AUGGAUACGCUAUCAAGUGUAUUUGUCAAAGCCAAAAUCUUAUUCUCAGACUGCCUCUACUUCGCAAGAUCCACAAAAUUUUUCCCUAACUCCCCCCCCCCUCCGUGAGCGAACAAAAAAAAUUUUGUUCGCUUACGGAGGGGGGUUUAUUUUUUUUUUUAAAAAAAAAUUUAUAUAUAAAUUUUAUAAAAAAUAUUUUUUUCGAAAUUUAAAAAAAUCCUAAUUUGCAAAAAAUGGGAAGCAAAUAUUAAUUUAAUUUGCAAAAUUUAUGUUUUAAAACGCAAUUUGUUUAAAAUUAAACAGAAUUAGCUCUAGAUUUCAUUAUACUAAUUAUCACUUAUAUAUCAAAAUUUUUUUCCAUUAAAAUUUUUUCUAUUAAAAAAAUUUUUGUUCACUCACGGAGGGUGGGUUUUUGGUCAAAAAAUGGCGAUUUUUCUAAUGGUUUUGUUCGCUCACGGGGGGGGGGGGGGGGAGUAAAAGAAAUCUCAAAGUUGCAUGCUAAGCUCAGCACUGACUAUCUGGCUAAAUUGGCUCGAUAUGUCCCUCCAGAUCAAGAAAAUUUUAAAAAUGUAUCCCAGAAGCAUAGAUCUUUUUGUGAAGCUUUUUUAGCCUUUAAUAACUGUAUUACAGAGUCAGCAAUUGCUGGGCAUUAUCAGCUUAAGCUUCUGACAACAGAAAUUAAAAAUUGUAUUAAAAAAACUAAUGAAAAUAAAAAGCAUAUCAAGGAAUUGUGCAAAAUAAGCCAAGGUAUAAAAGCUAUCAAUGAGCAGCCAGAAAUGAGCGAAAAUCAAAAUUUGUUAGAAAAAAUCAUGAAUUCAGUUGUAGAAACCGUAGAUAUCAUUGAAAAAAAUACUUUGAGUGCAGUGAAAAAUGCUACUGAAAAUCACAUGGCAAGUAUCCAAAAAUUGUUCAGGGCUGACUCCUAUAAAAAAUUUGAAAAAAACGAUAUCUGCAUUAACCCUAUAAGAAUUCCCAAUUCUUUUACAUCUGAAAAAUCUUCAAAAAUUAAUUCAAGAUCCAAGUCAUUCCAUCAGCCUUUCUUAGCUGAUUUUCCUCCACCAAUAUCUGAAGAUCUCUCUCCAUCUCGAUCAAUCCCAAAUGAAAGCACUCCUUAA